AUUCUACGAAGAAUUUUCAAGUAAUUUCUUUCAGCUAGUAUUAAUCUUAGUAGGAAGUAAAAUGCACAUUAGUAUUAUGAUCGUGCUUAGCUUAGACGAUAUCUAUUUUAAUUUGUUUCACAAAAUAUUACUUACACGUGUAACAUACAGUUGGCACACGAUCAAAAAAAUUAACGCUAUAAGUAUUCCCAAAAAUAGUUAAAGGUUAUAGUAAAUAUUUUAGGAGUUUUGUUAUAUAAUUGUAUUUGAAAAUGUCUGUGUUUAGCAAAAACGUGAUUGUAGCAUUUAAAAAGUAUCCUGUUCUUCGUGGGAUGGCAUCAUAUGGUAUUAUUUGGCCUAUAUCUAGUUUUAUACAACAAACAUUUGAGGGAAAACGUUUUGAUUCUGAUGAUAAGUAUGAUUGGUUGAGAUGUGCUCGCUUUGGUUUAUAUGGUUCCUGCUAUGUUGCUCCUACACUUUAUACUUGGUUAACAAUAGCUAGUAUAAUGUGGCCUGGAAAUACCAUUAAAGCUGCAGCCUUUAAGACAUUUUUUGAAACCAUUACAUAUACUCCGUUUGCAAUGUGCAGUUUCUACUUUGGUAUGAGUUUAUUAGAACUCAAGACUUUUAACGAAGCAGUUGCAGAAGUAAACUCCAAAUUCUGGCCUACUUAUAAGGUAGGUGCAUCUAUCUGGCCAGCAGUUGCAAUGAUUAACUUCUGUUUAAUACCUGAAAAAAAUAGAGUUCCAUUUAUCAGUGUCUGUAGUCUCAUAUGGACAUGCUUCUUGGCUUAUAUGAAACAUUUAGAUAAAGAUAAUGUUGCUUUACAUUCUGAAAAACGGUCUGGUCAGUUAUUAAGUGCUUAAGAAAUUAUUUAAUAUCAUGAAAUAUGACAUCAUAUUUAAUAAGUCGAAAAUAGAUUUGCAUUGUAACUUUUGGAUCUUGAUUAAUUAAAUUUACAGUGAUAUUCAGCCGGGAGCACAAGUACAAAUAUAUUUGUUACCCAGUUUCUUAUUUAUAUAGGAUCUUCAAGUAAUUUAGUAAAGCACUGUGCACAGUUGUGCAAGCCAUUGUGGACAUUUAUGCAAUAUUUAGAGCAAUUUAUCACUGUUGUGUUAUUUAUAAGUAUUUUGAGCAGUAUUAGAAUUUUAUAACUUUCAACAUCUCAUAGAAAGUGUAGUAUUACCUUUCAUAUAGUAUUACAUUUAACAAUAAUACCAUUCUAAACUCAACAUCAAAAGUACAAUUAUAUCAAGCAUAAAGGUAUGAAUCUUGAUUUUUUAUUAUUGUAAGUAUAUGUACAAUAUUAUAAAAAUCUAUUAACCAUUGUUUAUGAUGUUUUACAUUUUAGGGAAAUCUUUUUUUAUUAUACUCAAAUAUUAAAAAUCAAAGACGAACAAAUAUAGUUAAAUAAAGCAAGACUAUCACCACAUACAGCACACUUUUUGAAAUUAGUAAGUUUCUUAUCAAUAAAAAUUAAAUCCUUAGAAAUCACAAUAUUAUUUAAAUUUGUGGAGAUCAUACAUAAAACUAUUUUGUUUGAAUGAUUUGGUUUAAAAAUGUAACACUUAUUGUUACAAGUUAAAAUGGCUUGAUUAAAUUUAUAAAAACUUAGUUAGUAUGUGUAAUAAUCUCAAAGAUUGACAUGUGAUUCCUAAAAUACAGGUAUUUGCAAUUAAAUUGCAUGUUAGAAUAAUGUAUACUUUAUGUAUGUAUUUAAUUUUAAAGUAUUUAUAUCUGAAUAUGAGAAUAUAGGAUAUUCAUUAUUAAAAUGACAUUAAAAUAUUAAUAUAAUGAAAAAAAAAAUUAUAUUGAUAGUAGACCUCCAGUUUAACUUAAAAUUAAUAAAACAAAAAUAAGAAUGAUUUAAGCAUAAAUAUACAUACUUUAAAUUAUUUCAUUACUGGUAAAAGUCACAAUUUUAUAUUAAUAUUUUUGUAAUAAUUAUAUACAAACUUUUAAGAAUUGGUAUUUCAUUUAUUAAAUUAUUAAAAUAUGGUAUUUUAUUUAACAAAGUUAUACAGUUUGUGCAUGCGUCAUGUCGCCCUCAACCUGACCUGUUAAAUUUUUAAUUAAUUUAAUUCUGCCCCUAUUGAAAUUAUAAAAAAAUUCAAGUGUACUGAAUUAAAAACAAAACAAAAAGAAAGAAUUUAAAAGAUAAUACAAUUGAGAAUAGGUAUUUACUUUAUAAUCUUUAAUUGGCUAUUUUUCAUUAAAUCGGAGGUAUUUAUCUCAAAGCACGCGUAAAGAAUAAUUUCAAAAUGACAAUUUAGUUAUGCCAUAGUAUAAUUGAACAAAUCGAGUCAUUGCGAAAAUCCUUAGAUAAUUCACGAUUGCAAAGAAUAAUAGAUAUAUAAAAGAAGAUUUUACAAUCGUCCGAACUUUUUGUAGAUAAGUCUUAAGUAAGUCGCAAAUGAGCAUUACUAACCACUUAAAAAUAUUUUAAAAUAAAUGUGGUUACAAAUAAAUUUGUAUACCCUACUAUUAUAUAAGCUGCCUCAAGGUAUGCCUAAUAACUGAACACUACCAAUCUUAGUUAUAAAAUAUCAGUUAAUGUGUUGGUAAUAGGUUUAGAUGCCUACCAAAAUUAUUCAAAUAUCAUGUCCUCCAGUGCAAUCGUAUGUAAAAGCAAUUAUAAUAUGAAAUCUCAAUU